AUGGAGCACCAAGAGGAAAAGGCAGCGACUGAACCCAACAACAUCAUCUCUCACAUUCGGUGGAAAGCUCUAGAUUAUGACACAUACAAAGUUAAUUGGGACGUGUCGGUGAAAGCAGCUUCUAGGAGAUUUGGUGUGGGCAUCAUAGUGUGGGAUUUCAUAGGGCAUGUGUGUGCAGCAUCCUGCUUAGUUCAAGAAGGACGUUCGGAGCCCACAGUGGCGGAGGCGAUGGGAGCCCUUAGUGCAGUGGAGUUCUGUCGUGAUUUGGGUUUCCAAAAAAUUGUGCUGGAAGAAGAUUCCAAAGCAGUAGUUCAGGCUGUUAAAGGAGGAGCAACUUGGAGUAAUUUUGGUCAAAUUAUUGAAGACAUCCAUACUAUUCUGCCGGGCUUUAGGAGCUGGAGAGUGGAACAUGUAAGACGAGAAGCAAAUGGUGCAGCUAAUGGAUUGGCAAGGGCAGCUGGAAUCAAUGGGAAACACAGAGUUUGGAUGGAAGAAGUCCUAGAUUUUAUUCACGAUGUGGUUACCUUAGAGAGCUCUGCUCUUGUUGUUUAG